CGGUGUUCUUUCAUGGUUUGAUUCGUUCUUUAUAUUUACUCACCAAUGUGUUCCAACAUUCAAUUUCACAUUCUCUUGCCCUUUCAACCAAACCCAUCUCUCCUUCUAUCUCUGUAUGUUUCCAUGGAUUACAGCAGAUUCGGCAACGAUUCUUCUACGGACAGAAAGUCCACAAGCCUGCAAAAGAAGAUAGCAGAGACUCGGAGACAGCGCAAAACAGAGCAAGCACCGGACUUGACUCAUUUCAUGAAUGACAUCUUCUUUGGGACUGUAAACAAUGACAAGAACAAGAACGACUUCAAUGGCGGUGGUGGUGAUCGUCCUAAUUUAAUGGAGCAAGAAGCAGACUUUGAUGACAGUAUAAGAAGCACGAGUAGCAGGUUAACCCAAGAGUGGCUCCAAGAAGCUAGACGCAUGGUCGCUUCCUCUCCUUCUCGGACCGAUUCCCCCUCUCGUCUCAUUGGUUCACCCAGGUUCACUGCAGUUCCUGGUAGACUUUCAACAUCUUCGCUCCUUGAACGAAGAGACCCGCUUUCCCGAUCCGCCAGAAGACAGAGACCAGUGGAGCGUAUUAGUGAAGAAAUCUUAACGAAAUCAGCAAAACAAAGCUCCUCCAACAACUCUGUAUCCGUCGACUCACCUGAUACGUCCCCUGCUUCAGCAGUGCAAAAAUGGCUCUCUAACAUACUCAAACCCUCAAAUUCACCGCCCUCACAUGACCCCACAAGUCUCCAUAAUACCAACCAAUCUCUAAACACCAACUUUGAUCCAACGGCCCAAACAUUGCCGCCUCGGCUCUCAAUCCACCGUAAAUCCCGGUUCCAGACAGAGUCCCCUGCACCUCCUCCACCGGGAAUACCUGUCCCUUCCCGCCGAACUUUCAAGCCUGCACCUCUGCCUGCUGACACCAAGCCGCUUUCUCCACCCAAAAAUCUGGUUAAGGGUACCCAAAGGAGAUCAAUUUCAACCUCAAGAUGGUCCGUGCUGGAGAAUAAUGUGCAGGCAUUGUCUCCACCAAGAAACCUUGUGGAGUCAGCUAACCGGAGAUCAAUAUCAAAGUCUACUUGCUCUGUCGAGAAGAUCGCGCCCAAGAUUAAUGGAAACCCGCGGCAUAAAGAAGAGGAGGAGCCAAGAGAAGCUAGUCUUAAUGGGUUUCUAAGGGAACAAAGAACCAAAAUGGGGAAGAUUUUGUAUGGGGAGAUUGAUUGCAAGGCUAAAGUUGUGCUUUCUGGUCCUUCAAACAGUAUUAGUUCAAUGGUGGCUGCCAUCUGCUAUGCAUGGUUGCUGGAAACUAAAGCAAGGAAGAACAAAGAGAGGACGGAGGCGAACAUGGUGGUUCCUGUGAUGAAUGUGAGGAGAUCAAAGAUGUGGAAGCUACGCCAGGCUGCUUGGCUGUUUCAUCAAGUUGGCCUCGAUGCUACUUCAUUACUAUUUGCAGAUGAGGUGCAAUUGGAGAAUCUCUUGAUGUCUGGGAAAUUAAGCAUCAUGGUUGUCGGACAAGAUGUUCUUAGAACUAAUGGCGAGGUUGGUUCCGAAUGUACAAUUUUGACAGAUAAUUACUGCGAAGACGCCUACGAACUACUUCAGACCCCUUUACUCAACAAACUUCUGCUUGCAGGUAUCCUUCUAGACACACAAAAUUUGAAUGGAUCUGCUAGUUGUUCUAUGACAAGAGAUGCAGAAGCAGUCCAGUUGUUACUGGUUGGAUCUGCUCCAAAUUACAGAAACACUCUUUUCGAUCAAUUGAUGCAAGAUCAAAGAGACAAUACCUUUCAUGAAGUCUUGCUGCAAAACUAUGGGAAGCCCCCUACUGAGAGUCAUCGAAGUAAUGGAGCUCUGGUGGAGCAUAGAGUUCCAGAUAGAAAACUAGCCUCGGUCCUUCCCCGCGAACCCAUCGCGCAAAACAGUGAUAUCAAGAAAUCCAACGAUGCUAAAAAUACAAGAACAAAUGGGGAUGCACCAAAACCAGCGAAACCUAAUGCAUCGCCGGCACAAGCUCCUCCUGCAGCUACAAACGAUUCGUCCCGUGGAAAGAACAAGUUCUUCCUGUCAAAGUGGUUUGGUUUUGGAAAAUGAAGACAAAAAGUUCCUGCAUCUUUUUACAUCUCCAAACCCAUUUGUUCAUUGUAAAUUGAUACAAGAAGAACAUCACAAAUUAUCGAUCGGCUGGUCAUUGAUGUUCUUAAUUUUCUAGGACGUUUUCAAAGAAGCUUGAAAUAGACUUGCAGGAAAUU